ACGUCACGUUACCGGCGCGAUGGCCGCCGCCCCGGAGUGAGGUCCGGCACAGCUCCGCGCUCCGCGCCGGGACGAGGGACGCGAGCGAGAGAGCCGGGCGGGCACAGCGACACGCCGGGCGGGCACAGCGACACGGCGGGGGGCCCGGGGCCACGAGACGCGGGGACAUCCUCGCUGCCGCGGCUCGUCGUGGUGGCGAUGGCCGAGCGCGGGAUGGACGUGAUGGCGCUGCCGCUGGAGGUGCGAGCCAAGCUCGCGGAGCUGGAGCUGGAGCUCUCGGAGGGUGACAUCACGCAGAAGGGUUACGAGAAAAAGAGGGCCAAACUGCUGUCGCCUUACAUCCCACAAGUGCAAGGGGUAGACCCCUCACUGCAGACAGAGGCUCGGACGCAGGCCGACCCUGCCCCAUCGGGUUCCAAGCACAAUCGCCGGAGGGACGCGGGCUCCCGUGAUGAGAGAUAUCGCUCGGACGUUCACACAGAAGCCGUUCAAGCCGCGCUUGCCAAGCACAAGGAGAAGAAGAUGCCCAUGCCCAUGCCUUCCAAGCGCCGCUCGUUUGCCGUGCAAGCCGCUGUAGACGCCUACACGCCGCCAGACACGUCGUCGGCCUCCGAGGACGAGAACUCUCUCCGCCGGAGGUCCCAGGAUCCGCUGGGCCAGGGGUCGCUCAACGUGGAGCGCUGGAUCAGCCAGGCCAUGCAGCAGGGCACCUCCACCACGUCCUCCUCCGCCUCCUCCGCCUCGUCCCACAGCACGGGGCCACGCGCCACCUCCCAGGCGGGGCCUGCCCCGACCCACACCUCCACGGCCACGCCUGGGCCCAGCCAUGGCGAGCGGGAACGCCGCGGUGGGCCUGGCGCCCUGGCCGACGUCAUGGCCCACACACACCUCGACGGCCGCUCCGCGCCCCCCGAUGUGACGACCCACACCUCGGAGGCGCACCCUCCCCCAGUGCGGGGCUACUCCAGGGUCGCGCAUUCGGAGAUGAUGGACACCGGCAAUGGGAUGCCAGUCAACAGCCGAGUCUCCUCCAAAAUCCAGCAGCUUCUCAACACCCUCAAGAGACCCAAGCGGCCGCCACUCAAAGAGUUCUUUGUCGACGACUUUGAUGAGCUCUUGGAAGCAGUGCCACAACCCGACCCCAACCAGCCCAAGCCAGAGGGCGCGCAGACAACACCCGUCAAGGGGGAGCCGCUGGGAGUGGUGACCAAUUGGCCUCCCUCGCUGGAGGCUGCCCUGCAGCGCUGGGCCACGCAGUCGGCCAAGGCGCUGUGCCUUACCGCCCUGGACACGACUGGGCGGCCCCAGUGCUCGCUCACCUACGGCAAACUGUGGAAGCAGAGUCUGAAGCUGGCAUACACACUGCUGAACAAGCUGGGGACCAAGCAAGAGCCUCUCCUUCGGCCCGGCAACAGGGUUGCGCUGGUCUACCCCAACAGCGAUCCGGCCGCCUUUGUCGUUGCCUUCUACGGCUGCUUGAUAGGAGGCCUCAUCCCCGUGCCCAUCGAGGUGCCUUUGACGAGCAAGGACGCAGGCAGCCAGCAGAUCGGCUUCCUGCUGGGCAGCUGUGGAAUCUCCGUGGCGUUGACGAGCGACGUGUGCCUCAAGGGGCUGCCAAAGGCCCCCACGGGGGAGACCAUCACGUUUAAAGGCUGGCCCCGUCUCACGUGGUUUGUGACCGACUCUAAGAACCUCUCCAAGCCUCCCAAAGACUGGCCCGCCAAUCCCCGCGAGAGCAACAGUGACGCGGCGUACAUCGAGUACAAGACGAGCCGUGAGGGCACGGUGGUGGGCGUUGCCGUGUCACGCGCCUCCAUGCUCACGCACUGCCAGACGCUCACACAAGUGUGCGGGUACACGGAGGGUGACAUCCUCAUUAACGUCGUGGAUUUCAAAAGGGACGUGGGACUAUGGCAUGGAGUCCUAACCAGCGUGAUGAACAUGGUGCACGUGGUGUGCGUGCCGUACGCCCUCAUGAAGGCGAAUCCUCUCUCCUGGAUCCAGAAGGUGUGCCAGUUUAAAGCCGGCGUGGCCACCGUCAAGUCGCGAGACAUGCACUGGGCCAUGAUGUCGCACCGCGAGCACCGCGAGGUCAACCUGAGCUCCCUGCGCAUGCUCGUCGUGUCCGACGGGGCCAACCCCUGGUCUGUCUCAUCCUGCGAUGCCUUCUUGAACACUUUCCAAAGCAGAGGACUGAAGCCAGAUGCUAUCUGUCCCUGUGCCAGCUCUCCAGAGGGCCUCACGGUGGCUAUUCGCAGGCCGGGUGCAGAGGGCAGCCGGCCCACGGGGCGAGGCGUCCUCUCCAUGCACGGCCUGAGCUUCGGCGUGAUCCGGGCCGACUCGGAGGAGAAGCUCUCCGUGCUCACGGUGCAAGACUCCGGCAACGUCAUGCCGGGUGCGUUGAUGUGCGUCGUCAAGCCGGAUGGGCCUCCCCAGCUUUGCCGGACGGACGAGAUCGGAGAGAUCUGCGUGAGCUCCCGAUCCACAGCCUCCACGUACUACGGCCUGCCCGGCAUCACCAAGAGCAUCUUUGAGGUGUUUCCUAUCAGUGCCACGGGGUCUCCCGUCAGCCAGUAUCCCUUCAUCAGAACUGGACUGCUCGGCUUCCUCGGGCCUAACGGGCUGAUGUUUUCCGUGGGCAAGACGGACGGCCUCAUGAUGGUCGCAGGCCGGAGGCACAGCGCCGACGACGUCAUCGCCACCGCACUGGCUGUGGAGCCCGUCAAGCUGGUGUACCGUGGACGGAUCGCCGUGUUUUCGGUGAACGUGCUGAGAGACGACCGCAUUGUCGUCGUGGCCGAGCAAAGACCCGAGGCUUCCGAGGACGACUGCUUCCAGUGGAUGAGUCGGGUGUUGCAGGCGAUAGACAGCAUCCACCAGGUGGGCGUGUACUGCCUAGCGCUGGUGCCAGCCAACACCCUGCCCAAGUGUCCGCUGGGAGGGGUCCACAUCUCGGAGAGCCGCCAGCGCUUCCUGGAGGGCGCCCUGCACCCCUGCAACAUCCUCAUGUGUCCCCACACCUGCGUCACCAACCUGCCCAAGCCACGGCAGAAGCAGCCAGAGGUGGGUCCCGCCUCGAUGAUGGUGGGCAGCCUGGUGGCUGGCAAGCGCAUCGCGCAGGCCUGUGGGAGAGAACUCAACCACUCGGACGAGCAUGACCACACCAAGAAGUUCAACUUCCUGACAGAGGUUCUGCAGGACAGAUCUGUGACGACACCCGACCACAAUCUCUUCACGCUGAUCAAUGCAAAGGGCCUGGUGAUGGCGACGGCCACGUGCCUGCAACUGCACAGGCGCGCCGAGCGGGUGUCCACGCUGCUCACGGAGAAGGGGCGGCUCAACUCGGGCGACCACGUCGCACUGGUGUACCCCCCAGGCAUCGACUUGAUCGCGGCAUUCUACGGCUGCCUGUACACGGGCUGCGUCCCGGUCACCGUGCGGCCUCCCCACCCGCAGAACCUGGCCAGCACUCUCCCCACCGUGCGCAUGAUCGUCGAGGUUAGCAAGUCGGUGUGUGUGCUCACGACCCAAGCGGUCACGAAACUGCUCAAGUCAAAGGAGGCUGCUGCUGCAGACAUCAAAUCCUGGCCUCCAAUUCUCGAUACUGACGACCUCCCACGGAAGAGCCCCAAGCAGCUUUACCGAGCUCCCACGCCUGAGAUGCUGGCCUACCUGGACUUCAGCGUGUCCACCACGGGGAUCCUGGCUGGCGUCAAGAUGUCGCACGCGGCAGCGAGCGCCCUGUGCCAGGCCAUCAAACUGCAGUGCGAGCUGUACCCGUCGCGCCUCGUGGCCCUUUGCCUCGACCCCUACUGCGGCCUGGGCUUCGUCCUGUGGUGCCUCUCAGGGGUAUAUGCAGGCCACCAGUCUUUCCUGAUCCCGCCCUUGGAGCUGGAGUCGAACCCGGCUCUGUGGCUGUCGGCCGUGAGCCAGUACCGCGUGCGGGAUACCUUCUGCUCGUACUCCGUCAUGGACCUGUGCACGCGCGGCCUGGGCGCCCAGACGGACACACUCAAGGCGAAGGGUGUGAACCUGUCGUGCGUGCGCACGUGCGUGGUGGUGGCGGAGGAGCGACCGCGGAUCGCGCUCACGCAGUCCUUCUCCAAGCUCUUCAAAGAUCUGGGGCUGUCGGCGCGCGCCGUCAGCACCACCUUCGGCUGCCGGGUCAACGUGGCCGUUUGCCUGCAGCCGCGGAAAAUGGGCAACGUAGCAGAGCAGGGUACCGCCGGACCUGAUCCCACCACCGUCUACGUGGACAUGAGGGCUCUGAGACACGACAGGGUCCGCAUGGUGGAGAAGGGCUCUCCCCUGAGCCUGCCCUUAAUGGCAUCUGGAAAGAUUAUGCCUGGGGUGAAGGUGAUUGUUGCCAACCCGGAGACCCGCGGGCCCUUGGGAGACUCCCACUUGGGAGAGAUCUGGGUGCAGAGCCCUCACAACUCGAGCGGGUACUACACCAUAUACGGGGACCAGUCGAUGCACACGGACCACUUCAGCGCGCGUCUCACCGUGGGAGACACGCACGCCGUGUGGGCCAAGACGGGCUAUCUGGGCUUCAUCCGGCGCACAGAGCUCACCGACGCCAGCGGGGAUCGCCACGAUGCGCUGUACGUGGUUGGUUCACUGGACGAGACGCUGGAACUGCGAGGGAUGCGGUACCACCCCAUCGACAUCGAGACCUCCAUCCUGCGGGCUCACAAGAGCAUCGCCGAGUGCGCCGUGUUCACGUGGACCAACCUGCUGGUGGUGGUGGUGGAGCUGGGAGGGCAGGAGCAGGAGGCGCUGGACCUGGUGCCGCUGGUCACCAACUCGGUGCUGGAAGAGCACUAUCUGGUGGUGGGCGUGGUGGUGGUCACGGACCCUGGCACCAUCCCCAUCAACUCGCGUGGAGAGAAACAGCGCAUGCACUUGCGCGACGGAUUUCUCGCCGACCAGCUUGACCCAAUAUACGUGGCCUACAACAUGUAAACCGCUGUCCGUGGCCCCCCUCACCGACACUAGCGAGGGUGGUUAGAGGUUUCAACGUACCAGCUUUGGUGGAGAUUCAGGCAAAGCUGCAAGGGAGGCAGUGGGGGGGGGGGGCGUGGUGACUGAAAGCAGAGUGGCAGAUGAUGAAACGAGCAUGCAGUCUCAGCCAGGCCUUGCCCCCCACAGUCAUUUCUACACACUUAUCAGGAUUGAAGGUGCUCGUUUUGGCGAUAUUAAUUUGCUACCCUUUUUAGCUCGUCGCAGCUCUGCUUGUGAGCCCACCCAAACGUUGCUGCGCUAGUGCGCGCCUUGUACGGUCCGGCGUGGGCUGUUGCGGCUGCGCGCGCGCGUGCAUGUGUGUUUUUUUGCUGCUAUGUUUUGACGCCACUAGAGGAAAUUGACACCACAUCGACUUGCCCGCGCGUUGGCUGUUCUCCUAACGUCGCUGAGAAUUGACACCGGAUCGAUUCGCAGCGUAUCGCUUGUUCUCUACUAACGUUACUCAAGAUGCACAUCUCCCGCGAACUUUGAAUUGUUAUUGGCGGUAUGCAUCUCAAGCGCUUGUUUUACAGUGUAAUAGAUCAAUCGGUUUGAGCUAAGACACAUGCAGUGGGAGAUAGCUUUACCAGCACUAAAAGGAAUGUAUUUUUUUAGUUGCAGGAUUUGUAUGUGCAAAAUUCAUUGUAUAUAGUUCGUUAGCCUAAUUGUCUUAUUUGAUGUAUAGUGUACUGUAAAUACAGCCUGCUCACGUACGUUCAGAAGACCGUGACGUUGUCUCUCCCAGUACUAAUUUGCAUUGAUAACGGUUCCUUAAUUCUGCAGACCUCACUGCCGCAGUGCUCGUUCGAUCAGAAUUAGCGAAGCAGAUCCCUCAUUUUCCUCGUUCUCUACACGUGGCCUAGCAGUCGUAUUGUCUCUGUGUGUAAACCAUGACCACUUUUUCCAGACUCCACCACAGCAGAGGGACUUGCAUAGAUUACAAAAUAUACGCUUCUCCUACUGAAUGUUCCAUGUUACUCUUGGCUUGUUUUCACUUUACAAACAACAGGGUCAAACCUUAUACAUUUGCCAAAUGUAUGGCAGGAUGUUUUAUUGUUAUUCAGUUACACAAUGUGAAAAAACAACCUCCCAAGCCAUGUAUAUCUUGACAAGAACAAUCUGGGAUGAACUUGAGUUAUCUAGUGAUAAUUUAGGUUUUUCAGAACACCAUUUUUUGGCUUUUUAUCAAUUGUGGUGGGCGAGGUCGGGGGGGGGGGGGACAGAGUUGAAAAUAUAUUGAAGUGGAGUGGGAAGCGUACGUGAUGUGUCAAAGCACAUGGAUUCACAGCGGUGCAUGAGCAGGGAGCGGGGAGCAUCGUUUGCCUUGCAUUUUCCGGAUUUCCAUGCCGGCCGGUUUAGUGCGGUCGCACUUAACCGGCCACCGCUGCCGUCACCGCUGCUGCGGUGACGGCAGCGGAGGAGGUGACGGGAGUACGGUGCUGGGGGCCACGCGGCCCCUCCUCCUCCUCCUCGCGUGUGAGACCCUCGCCGCGUGAUCGAGGCUUCUUGUGCGGCGAGCGGCGCACGGGCGGCCUGAGCUGGGGCGGCGGUGGGGGUCCGGCUCCUCACACGAGAAUACUUGAAGCCUUAGUAGAAGUGUAACCAAAAUGCAAAGCGACUCCGCGAUGAAUGCCGAGGGGUUGCGGCGCGUUUACUCCACUGCAGUGUGUGACGGCGGUUGUGCUGCGUUAGCGGAAGGAAAAACGGAACCGUGGCUGGGGCCGUGACCACUGACUUUCAUCGUAGAUGGCGGGAGGCGAUUCAGUCUUAAUGCAGUGAAUAUAACUACUCUGUGCACGCAGUAGUUUGCUUACAAGCAUACAAAUUCUAACUACUGUACUGUUGUUGAUGUUUAUCAUCAAUAUUUUGGUGCGUUUCUGUGCAACAGAGGCUUGUGUGAGUACGCUUAAUGUUAAGCAGCUACGUGGUUGGGUAAACAGGGGGACCACUUGCCAUAUUAUUGGUGAUGUGUGACGCACAUUAUACCGAAAAUUACUUUUGUUAUAAAUAUCAAAUGUACAUUAAUAGUAGUUUUUUUUAGCACUAUGUUGUUCUUUGGAUUUGCCGAGCUGGUCAUGAGUGAGAAAAAAAAAUAUCAUGUUUUAAACUUUGUGUAAUUGGUUGAAGUUGUUCAACUGUAAGUAGCCGUGUGCCGUAAAACUUGUUACCUACUGCUGUGAAACCCAUCCACACACGCCGUCGUCUGAAGAGGCAAACUCAAUGGGGAUUCUGUUUUAUAUUUUCAAUUUUAGUCAUUUAUGCCCCCAUGUACCGUCAGAACUGGCUUUUCUUUUUUCAAAGAAUGUGCAUGCCAUUACCAGUAUAAACGAUUGUCACGUAUGCAAUUGUUUUACAACAACAACAAAAAUGGCAUUUCAUUUCACAAAAGCGUUUUGCAUCAAUUACGGGUUUUUUUCACGUUUUACAAUUUUGUGAGCCACCUUUCAAAUCCAAAGAAAGACAUGCCGUGAAAAAGAUAAAACAAAUCAAUUUUAACUGUUGGGUAACAUUGGUGGAAACCGAUUGCAAACGUUUCACCGAGUAAUUAAACAUUAAUGCGGUGGUUUUAUCUUUCAACUUAAAAAAGAAUAACAUGACCCGAAAAAAUGACAGUUUUGUGGGUGUAAUUAUGUAUAAAUGCCAUUUUUAAAUUAUUGUAUUUAAACAUGUAUUUUAGUGCAUACAAACCUUGCAGAGAAUUGUCUCUAACCCAUUGUAAUUGCUAAUAGUUCUUUCUAUCCUGAAUUGCGGCGUCAGAAUUCUGUUUUUUUAGCCUCCGACGUUUUCCUUUCAUCGCUAGUUUGGGUUUUACGUCAUUCUUCUGAAAAUAAUUUGUAGUAAAACGACGACAACAACAACAAAAAAAGCAAAUAAAAAUGUAAACUGUUUAA